AUGUCUCUAAGCGCGGUUCCUCCACAGAGGGGUAUUGUACACACGUUUGGUUUUAACUUAACGGCAUUUGAAUUUAUAAAGAAUCCGGAUUCAAAAGAUGUUUGUCCCAAUAUUGUACUUUUUGUCGGUGGACUAGGAAAUGGAUUAUUGAAUGUACCGUAUUUGCCACGACUUGCCGAGGUGAUCUCUGAUGGUGGUGAAUGGAACUUGAUACAAGUUUUACUUGGCUCUGCCUACAAUGGAUGGGGAGUAUCCAGUUUGCAAAGGGAUUCCCGCCAGAUCCAAAAAGCAAUUGAGUAUUUCAAAUCUGAAGCAGGUGGAAAGAAACAGAAAAUUGUCAUAAUGGGCCAUUCAACAGGUUGUCAGAAUGCAAUUCACUAUUUGACAAAGACUAUGCAAGAGGAGGCACAACAAAUUCAAGGAGCCAUCUUGCAAGCACCAGUUUCUGAUCAGGAAGCUCUAAGAAAUCUGGGAAAAAGUGCAAAAUUGGAAAAGUUACUUGAGGAGGUAUACGAUGAGUACAUUGCUAAGGGAAGAGAGAAUGAAAUAUUACCAGAAAAAUACAAAAAAGUUCUUUUCAACACCCCAGUCACUGCUUACAGAUUCUACUCGCUCGCAUGUAAAAGAGGUGAUGAUGAUUAUUUUUCGUCAUAUCUAACAGAGAGCGAUUUCAAAGAAACUUUUGGAAAAGUAACCAAACCGCUUUUAGUUUUGUAUUCUGGUAGUGACCAGUUUGUUCCCGCCCAUGUGGAUAAGAAGGAAUUAUUAGAAAGAUGGCAAAACGCUACUCCUACUCAAUACUGGAGUAAAUACAGUCAAAUUAUCCCUGGUGCUACACACGAAUUAAGUGAUGAAGGAUCUGAUGAAGGUGUCAUCGAUACCUUGACUCAGGCAGUUAAAAGUUUUAUCAGCGAGUUGUAA